AGAGGACUUAAGUUCGUCCUGAGGGAGAAGCGGACAGAGAGCGAACAUCAGGAUGAAGUGGUCCUUUCUACAGCUGCUGCUGCUCGCCCUGCUGAGACCCUGCACCGCCGGAGGCUCGUUCACACAGCAGUGUGACUCAUCCACAGAUGGCACCAUUUACAAACACCAGGCGAAGACUCUGAACGGGAGUCACACUGUGAACUUCAGUGACUACGCUGGCAGGGUUGUCCUCUUCAUCAACGUGGCCACGUACUGAGGAUACACCUUUCAGUAUGUGGAACUGAAUGCACUACAGGAGGAGAUGAAAACUUUAGGGCUAACAAUUCUCGGCUUUCCCUGCGACCAGUUUGGGGGACAGGAGCCAGGGCUAAAACAUGAGAUUCUAUCAGGUUUAAAGCAUGUUAGACCAGGCAAUGGAUUUGUUCCAAACUUCCUGCUGUUUGAGAAAGGUGAUGUGAACGGAAACGACGAACAAGAAGUUUUCACUUUCCUUAAGAGCUCCUGCCCCCCUGUUGGAGACUACUUCGCCCCAAAAGUUAAACUGCUCUGGGAACCUGUGAAAAUCAGCGACAUCAAGUGGAACUUUGAAAAGUUUCUGGUGGGGCCAGACGGGAAGCCGUUGAAGAGGUGGCACCCAAGUGUCACCAUUUCAGAGGUCCGAGCUGAGAUCCGCAAACUCCUGAUCAUACUGUACACACAGGAUGCUCUUGAUUUGACGGAUUUAUAAUCCAGUAUUGUGCCUUAAAUGUAACUUAAUGUCAUGACAUCUACAUGAUCAGUAGGGUUAAGGUAGAAUGUAAAAGAGUAAUGUUAACAUUUUCUGACACAUGAAGAUGGCAUGUUAAAUGAAGAGGAGGCUUGAAAGCAGGAAGUCUGUGGAGCCUCCUUGGAAUGUGUGGUUCAGGCCAGCUCUUUAGUGCAUUCAGGCUGCCCUGCAAUCUCACCACACCAUGUCAUCUUCUCAUCCCAGCACCUGUUAGCUAUUACAGUUUACAUUUGAAAUACUUCCAAUAAACGUGGACAACACACUG